AUGACCGACCUUCAGGAAGAUUUCGGACCAACGCUAUGGGUGGUGAACACAAUUUUCAUUAUACUGGCCACACUCGCUGUUGUUGCCCGCUUUGGAGCACGACGACUGCGAAAAUUGUCUCUUGGUGCAGAUGACUGGAUCAUCUGCGUAGCCCUUUUCUUGGAUUGGGUAUUAUAUGGCAUUUUUGUGGGAUGUCGAAUUAAUGGCCUUGGCAAACACCGAGAAACACUCUCACCAAAAAAAGUCGCUAUAUUCUCGGAGCUCCUCUACUUCUUCCAGAUUUUCUACAUUCUCGGACCCCCGAGUGUGAAGCUAGCACUCCUUUUUCUGUACCGACGUAUUUUCGAACAUUCGAGGUUCUUGCGAAUUGUCGACGGCAUGAUCAUCCUCAUCUCUGUGUGGGCGAUUAUUAUGACUUUCCUCGCCAUUUUCAAUUGUAAUCCGAUUAGCGCCUUCUGGACAACGGAGGGGACUUGCUUUAACUUUAAGCAAUUUGCUAUCGGCUACGCAAUUGUAAAUAUUAUCAGUGAUUUUGCGGUUUGGUUGAUGCCAAUCCCCAAAGUGUGGAAUAUCCAGCUUCCGAAACCACAGAAGAUUGCCCUGUCCCUAAUCUUUACCUUGGGUCUUUUUGAUUGCGCUGCAGCUAUGGCCCGCCUUCUCCUCUCAAUGCUUGUCCUGGGCGAGUACGACUCCACAUGGCUCUACGCAAAGGGGUACAUGUGGUCCAUCAUCGAAGUGUCAACGGGUAUUGUCUGCACAUGUCUGCCAACGAUGCGAGUACUCUUGAGGACAGCUUUUGGUGGCGCUUUUGCAAGAUUUUUCGGUAUGUCCAGCGGGAGGGCCAGCCAUCAGCCAUCCAACAAUACGCCAUGGUCUAGAACAAAGGAGUAUUAUAAUGAUAUUGGGGAGGUAAUUUCAGCGGAGGUCCCUUCCGAUGGCCAUUGUACAAACAAUAUUUCGGAAUUGCAUGAUGCUGACUGGGACACGAACUCGGACCGGAUUCUGGUCACCGAGGAGGUAAACAUUGAACUUCAUCCAGUCAAACAGAUGGUAUCUAAGCAGUGA